CGGCUAACUAGCGCUCCACUCAACGCUGUGGACCUCAACCUCAACCUGAUCAGAUUGAAAAUAACACUGCAUCCAUGUAUUAUUCACUGCUAUGAGGCUGACUACUCUGAACAGCUCGGUCGCUGUCUGCACACCCAGAAUCCAUGUUGUCCCUGUCAGUGCGCGAAGAAGUUUCUCAACCUCGCGGACACGUCCUAGCCAGGAGCGCGGGCAUGCUUCAGACCCACGCUUUUCAAAACUAGGCAACCUAAUUGAAGACAAUUUCGCAGAUAUCCGAGAAAAUUACCAAACACCUAAGAAUACCAUUGUCCUCGCGCAUGGUCUUCUAGGCUUCGACGAGAUCCGGCUUGCGGGGUCCUUUUUCCCGCCUAUACAGUAUUGGCAUGGCAUCAAAGAUGCCUUGUCGAUGAAGGGUAUCAAGGUGAUUACCGCGACGGUGCCGCCUUACGGUUCUAUUGAGAGCAGAGCGCAUGGGCUAUCAAAAUACAUUGCUGCAGAAGCAAAGGGGCACGAUGUCAAUAUCAUCGCACAUAGCAUGAGGGGACUUGAUUCCCGAUACAUGAUUAGCAAGCUGAGGCCAACUGAGUUCACGGUUCGGUCGCUUACUACAAUUGCGACGCCUCAUCGAGGCUCGGUGAUUGCCGACCACUUUAUGAAACACGUUGACACCAAUGUUGCUCGGCUACGAAGAUUAUCAAAGUCAAUUGACCGAAUCCAAUUCGACGCAAAAGCAUUCAGUCAACUGACGCGCAAAUACCUUCAAGAGGAGUUCAAUCCUAACGUGCUAGAUGUGGAGGAUGUGCGGUACUUCUCCUACGGUGCAAUGUUCCAGCCAGGGCUGUUCAAUAUUUUCCGCCCAUUUCAUCAACUACUGGAAGAGGUUGAAGGGCCUAAUGACGGCCUUGUAAGUGUUGCUAGCAGUAAAUGGGGCGGCGAGGCAAGCUACAAAGGCACAUUGGUUGGUGUAAGUCAUAUGGAUUUAAUCAAUUGGACUAAUCGGAUAGAGUGGCUGGUGGGAGAACUAACUGGCAAGAAAAGGAGGUUCAAUGCCAUCGCAUUUUACUUGGAUAUUGCAGACAUGCUGGCGAAAGAAGGGAUGUAGCAUAGUGAAGCUGGAGAAGUGAUAUAUGUAUGAGUAUCUAUAAAUAUCUGAGAUGUAAAUAUCUACCAAUCCAGUACGUCGACACCCGACGCUUUAGCUAUCAAAAGCAAUAUGAUGCAGCUAGUCUAGGGCCAUGCUUUCAAAUAUUGCCAUUUGAACCAUGUAUACUGAUCGGCUGAGACUACAUUGAAGGCAGCAAUAUUCUGCUGGGCAGUGCGAGAGAUUCCCAGGCAGCCGUAUUAUCUAUACCCAAGUCUCAAGCUGAAACUAGACUCGGGUCUGCACAGCCAAGUUGGCCAUGAUGAAAUCAUAGCUAGUCCUAUAUCGUAUAUCGUCGCAGUGUGAUUAAUGUGAUUGAUGUGAUGUGAUUAUUU